AAUUACUUUUAGGAAACUGCGAAAACCAACAACAAGUAUAUAAACAGCACAAGAUAACAAAAAUCGUAUCGGAAAUAUCACGUUCAUAAGGCAAGACUCUUCAGAACAAUUGCAACAAGUGCUCGACCUACGUAGCCAUUCAUAAGAAUAGCUCUUCCAACUGAAAAGUAAGUGUAAAGGGCUUCCGGAGAAAAUUUCAUCACGGACGUGUUUGAUCUCUUAGAUUAUUUCGAUAUUGAAGAAAUGGAUUUCUGGGCGCUUUUAACAAUUGUCGUAUUGACGAUAUUUAUUAUGAGCUGUUGUGGAUACUGUUGUUCCUCAAAGCAGCGUGGAACCGUAUUGUCAACGCCCGUUGUGGUGACAUCAACUACACACACAGCACCGGGCAGCUAUCCGGUAACACAAAUGCCACCCCCCAACGCUUAUCAACAGCAGCCAAUGUAUCCACCCUACCCAACGGCAACAAGCGGGCCCAACCAAAUGCCUAUGCCGAUGCCAAUGCCAAGUGCCCAACCGCCAAUGCCGGGCAUGCAACCUUAUCCACCAGCGGUGCCUGCAGCGAAUUACAAUCCGCCCAGCUAUGAAGCCGCUGUAGCGGGUGUGGGCGUGGCCCAACAAAAUACUUAUGAAAAACAAGCGCCCUACAAUCCCAACUAUAACGCAUACUAGAGCGCAACCGACCAUAGUUAGUUUUACAUUUUCAAAAUCGCUGCAAAUCGUUGCAGUUUUGAUAUAUACCUAUUAUACAUAUAUAUAUACAUACUUAUUUAUUAAGUAAGCCAUAUAAUGCGCGCAUGUGCUGGUGCUGAUAAUGACGAAGUUCUGGUUUUCUGCCAAAAUGCGAUAAGAUUUGUUUGCAAGCACUUGGAAUGAACGAGAAAGGAGAAUAAGCAAUUUGAGGCGGUUUUUUUGUUAUGGAAAACUUGAACUGUGAACUCCGAAACAAAACUAAGAAGUUAACUGCGAACUAAACUAAAAGAAAAUCAUAAGCAUUAAAAAAUAAUUUAUAUAGUUGAAUUGUUUAAGCAUUGUACGUACAAACUAAUUUGUAUUUUUUUAAACUUCCUCUCUGUAUAUUAAAAAAACACAAUUUACUUAACCAAAUGUCGCCGAAAUGAAUGCGAAAAGUAUUAUGAUAAUAUUAAUUUAUAUUUAACAUAAUAUUGUAAAGCUCAAAUUGCAAUACACAAAGAAAUACGAGCAAACGAAUCAAUAAAGAAAUAUUUUUUUGUAAAAAAAACAAUACUCUUCUCUGGUUUAAACUAAAAUGCAAGACAAAUGUGAAUAUUUUGUUUCGCUGCAAGCACAAAGUUGAUUUACAACAUUUUUCAAUAAUUUUGUAAAGUCCAUAAUGUAAUUGUUGUGAUAUACGCUAAGGCAGCGGACUACAGCUACAACUUAUGUAUAUAAUCACAGUAUCGCAGCUUUGUUCACAUAACCUCAAAGUUUUAAUUGAUGAAAACUAUACAUACAUACAUAUAUAGCAACUAUAGCAUAUGUAUGCUUUUUAUGGGGUAACGUGGGUUUCCUCGGGUAAAAACAGCCUUUUUUCAAAAAUUCUUUCUCAUAAAAAUUAAAUAUUUUAUUAGUUUUUUUUUUAAGUUAAAAACAUACACUAUGAACAAAGAAAGAAACUCGGUCAUUGUGACGCCGUUCAGUUUUUACAACAAAAUCAAAAUUUCAGUGAAAAUUUCGCGACAUAUUUUUUUCAAAUUAUUGUAAUCACAAAAAAAUAGCAAUCCUUUGUCUAAGCCUUUAAGACUUGUAUUUCAAAGACCUGUGUAAAAUUUAAUGAAGAUUGAGUAGUUCUGGAGAAAUCUUGCCAACCGAAUUCAAAAACACAGUUUCGAAAAAAACGCGUUUAAAGACGGCACUAUCCUCGGGCGCAAAAGUUUUCAAGAAACUAUUACUCAGAUCAACUUGAAAAUUAGCACAAUAUUCUAGAGGAGUUGUAAAAUUUAAUAACACAAUAAAAAAUUUCGAUUUUUUGAAAGCCGUAAACCCAUGUAACCCCUUAAUUUAAAUACUACAAAUAUGCUCUUAUUGAACUUUUCUCAUCAUGCGGCGUUUACUAGAAAUUUUUGAUAUAUUUAGGGGCUUAAUAUAGUCUCAUAAGUUAUAAAGAUCCGAAAACAUAGCCUGAGAUUGUAAUUGCGUAAAUUCAUUUUUGUAUGGAAUCCAGCAAAAAAAUUAUUAAACAAGUGUAAAAUUUUAUGAUUUUACGGGUGCGUUAUGACAAGUUGUGAGUCCCCUAAUUCGCAAAUUAAUGAUAAACACUAAUGUAUAUAGAGUUUGAAUUUCUAUUACGACGACAACACUACAAAUAAAAAAAAAUGCAGUUACGUUAUGUUAGUUUUGAAUGAUUGAAAGUAAAUAUGUACAUAUGUAUCUGCCACUAUACUAUCUACUUAUCAUCGUUCGGUUCUAUAAAAUUGCUGCUUUGUAUUAUUGAAUAAAAUACUGUUUUUGUAUUGAA